CGGGUUCAGAAGUUGCCGAUAACUAAUCCACAGUCUUGAAGCGUUUCUGAUGAAAAGUUAGUGACUUUUGUUCUCCGAGGAUUAGAAACUUAGUAGUGUCCUUUUCGUGCGAUUUCAAUGUUCCUCGAUUGCCCUGCGAUUCUCCCCAGGGUCAUGUCUUGCCUGUGCUGUGCUUCCGAGAAGGAUCGAGAGGAUCGAUGAAGACACUUGGCAUGAAGAAGGAACGACCUUCCGCCUCGAGCUCAGGAGAUGCAAGUGCCCAUGAUUCAGGUACGGCUGCAAUGCGGAGCCCAAGCACCACUUAGCCUCGCGGCCGCUCUGGCUUCCCUCGCCGAGACCUGCCUUUCCAUGCAAGGCCUCACGCAGAUCCACGCUCGCGCUCUGCGCUCCCACCUCCAAGAUCACCCCAUGGUCCUCGCGAAGAUCUUCCGCUUCGCGGCGGUGACGCCGUCCGGCGACUUGCGGUACGCGCACCGCCUGUUCGACCAAAUUCCUCGCCCGAACGGGUUCUUCCACAACCUGCUCAUUCGCGGGUACUCCAGUAGCUCGCAGCCUUGUGUCUCCGUCGACCUGUUCAAUCAGAUGAGGCGAAAUGGGGUAGACCCAGAUGGGCAUUCCUUCACAUUCCUGCUGAAAGCGCGGUCUAGAAUGGAAGGGAGGAGCGAUGAUGUCCAUGGGCUUGUGGUGAGGCUUGGAUUCUCCGGGUAUCUGUUCGUCAAGAAUGCUUUGAUCCACAUGUACGCGAUGGGAGGUAUGCCCGCCGGUGCUCGCAGAGUGUUCGACGAGACCAGGGCAGCCGAUGUUGUUUCCUGGUCCGGCUUGGUGACUGCUCACGUGAGAGCUGGGGAGUUGGAACUUGCCAGGGAGGUGUUCGACGCGAUGCCCGAGAGAGACGUGGUUUCUUGGACUGCCUUGAUUUCAGGAUAUACGCAGGCAAGCCGUUCGAGGGAGGCCCUGGAAUUGUUCUGGGACAUGGGGGAAGCAGGAGUGUGGCCGGACGAGGUCACCAUGGUGAGUGUGAUCUCUGCUUGUUCAAACUUGAAGGAUGGCGAGACAGGGUUAAAGAUCCACCGUUACAUCGAGGAGAAUGGGUUCGGGUGGAUGGUUUCGCUCGGCAACGCCUUGAUUCACAUGCACGCGCAAUGUGGAUGCAUGGAACAGGCAUGGCAGGUAUUCAAUGGCAUGGGGCGGAGAAGUUCGAUCACAUGGAACUGCAUGAUCUUGGCAUGCGCAAACCAUGGUGAUGCAGAAGAUGCUAUAGACUUGUUCCAACGUAUGGUUCAGUCCAAUAUGCGGCCUGACAAGGCGACGUUUCUGGCGCUUUUGGUUGCUUAUGCGCACAAAGGACUGGUCGAUGAAGGGUACAGACUAUUCCGGUGUAUGCGAAGGGAAUUCAGCAUCGAAGCAGGUAUUGAGCACUACGGAUGCAUGGUAGAUACGCUAGGCCGGGCCGGAAGGUUGGAGGAAGCAUAUAACUUGAUCAUCCGCAUGCCUAUGCCGAGCAACGAUGUCAUUUGGGGGUCUCUCCUGGCGGCAUGCAGGAUCUAUCACGACGUCGAGAUGGGUGAGAGGGUGGUGCGGAAGCUAUUCGAAUUGAAUCCUCGUAAAGGAGGUUAUUAUGUGCUUCUUCGCGAUAUUUAUAUCGCCGCCGGUCGGACGGAUGAAGCGAAUGAGAUGGAGCAAACUAUGGCAGCCGAUGGAGCUUUAAAGACUCCAGGAUACAGUUGGUUGGGAGGAUGAAGUCGCUCAUUUCUAGUCAUAGGCAAGAAUCGCGGUCCCAUAAGCGUUGAAGAAUAGUGUUAGGCACAAGUUUGUUUGGUUCGCGACAUAACUAAGUAAAUAUUUUUGCGGCAGUUGCAAACAAAGGAAAGAAAAUGUUUCGUAACUAAUUAGGCAAUUUUCCACAAUUCUCAAA